UCGGCGAUGACUAAAAAACGAGGCCGGCGAGCACCACCUGAGUCGGAUCGCCGAUCAAGCAGUUCAGAACCUUCAAAUCGCGAUGAAACUCCAAUUCGUAGCCAUAAACGCCCUAGUAUUCUCAUAACUCUACUCAUCUUCAUCGUCUUUCCUGCCAUUUCUUUAUAUUUAUACCGCAUACAAUACGCUUCCAAUACGGAUCUAGAUGCUUCACUUCCGUACGUAUAUCAACGAGGCCUCGUGAAGACUGACGUCAAUUAUCAAGAAAUUCUCGCUGAAAAUGCAAAAGUUUCAGAAAAUGCAUCAAAUCGGCAUUUUCCCUACCCGGUGCUGGCUUACGUUACACCAUGGAAUUCAAGGGGAUAUGAACUCGCAAAGGAAUUCAACUCUAAGGUUACUCAUAUAUCACCAGUGUGGUACGAUCUAAAAAGCCAAGGGGAUGAUUUUGUUCUGGAAGGACGACAUAAUGUUGAUAAAGGAUGGAUUUCAGAUCUUAGGUUGAAGGGACAUGCUCUGAUUUUGCCAAGGAUUGUACUUGAAGCUGUUCCUAUGGAUCUGCUAAAAAAGAAGAAGCAGAGGGCUCAAGUAAUUGACCUUAUACUAGCUGAAUGCAAGGAGAUGGAUUUUGAUGGCAUUGUACUAGAAUCUUGGUCAAGAUGGGCUGCAUAUGGUGUCUUGCAUGAUCCACACAUGCGGAAUCUGGCACUGCGGUUCAUUAGAACAUUGGGACAAGCCAUGCAUACUAGUGACCGAAGUCUGCAAUUAGUAUAUGUUAUUGGUCCACCACGUUCAGAUAGGCUCCAGGAGUACGAUUUUGGACCUGAGGAUCUGCAAAGCUUGGGUGAUGCUGUUGAUGGUUACUCCCUUAUGACUUAUGAUUUCUCAAGUCCUCAAAAUCCAGGUCCCAAUGCACCACUCAAGUGGGUCCAUGCUACUAUGCAGCUGCUCCUUGGUACCCACACGAGUGGCUCUCGGAGCUUAUCUCACAAAAUAUUUCUAGGCAUCAACUUUUACGGGAAUGAUUUUGUUCUUCAAGGAGGGUUGGGUGGUGGGGCUAUUCUUGGAAGAGACUAUCUUUCUUUGUUGGAGAAGCAUAAGCCUGAACUGCAAUGGGAGAAGAAAAGUGAAGAGCAUUUCUUCUUUUAUUCAGAUGAAAACCGACAUGCUGUUUUCUACCCAUCCCUUUUGUCGAUUGCAAGGCGGCUGGAUGAAGCUCGUUCAUGGGGCGCUGGUAUUUCUAUUUGGGAAAUCGGUCAAGGUUUAGAUUAUUUCUUCGAUCUUCUGUGAUUCAUAUUUCAUAGGAAGUAAAUGUAUGAUCAAAUGUCAUUCUAUUAGGAGCUUUUGUUUAGAUUGGUGUAUAAUGGUUUUUACUUCAAGUUUAUUUUCUUCUGUUUGGUUC